GAGCGACACCAUAGUCGAUGAGCGCAACUGCUUUUAUUUUACUAGGCCGAGUAGGUCCUAUAGGCAACACAAGUAAACGGAGAGGAGAAAAAGAACUGGCCGAAGAAUCUUUAUCCAUCCUUUUGGGUUUUACUAGCAGGUGGAAAUAUUUUACGAUAUCUGAUCUGAAGAAAACGCAAUACGUUGAAUCGAAUCAAAACGUCCACAGGAAGAGGUGCAAAGAAAAAUUCCCAUACUCGAUGACAUUACAUCGCAAUGUCCGAUCGUUUGGGGCAAAUAACCAAGUCCAAGGAUGGGAAAAGCAAGUAUUCCUCGCUCAGCCUAUUUGACAAAUACAAGGGAAAGUCAAUAGAAACUCAGAAAACCACAGUUGUUCCGCGACAUGGCUUGCAGAGUCUUGGCAAAGUGGCCACUGCCCGGCGCAUGCCCCCACCCGCUCACCUGCCGAGCUUGAAAUCCGAGAAUAAAGGAAACGAUCCCAACGUGAUUAUUGUGCCCAAAGACGGAACAGGAUGGGCGAACAAGCAGGAACAGUCCGAUCAAAAGAGUUCCGUUGCAUUGACAGCACAGCUGCCGGAGUCGCAGCAGCAACUGCCUUUGCAGAAAUCUGUCUCCAAUCUUCAGAAGCCAACACCGGCAGCCAGCCAGGAGAACACAAGCACAGGUGGACCAAAGCAAUGGGCACAACUAAAUGGAAAGGCAGCAGAUCAAGAUGGUUUAAGGGCCUCAAACCGACUGCAGCCCUUCUCUCACGAGGAAUUUCCGACGCUGAAAGCAGCAGGAGAACAGGACAGGGCUGGCAAGGAAAAAAGCGCCUUCGAUCCGUCGUAUGGGCCCGGACCAAGCCUCCGCCCGCAGAAUGUCACGAGCUGGAGGGAGGGUGGUGGGCGGUACCUCCAGCCCAUCUCCCUUGCACCCGCCCUCUCCUCUGACCCGGAGAGCAAGGGUGGCAGCAGCCCGGCUGAGGCCACAACCCCCCUUCCUCCUCCUCCUCCCUCAUCCUCCUCAUCUUCCUCCUCCUCAUCUUCCUCCUCCUCAUCUGCCAAUGCCGCCGCCACCACUGCCACGGCGCCAUCGCCCGACCUGAAGGAGCCCCCGCUGCGACCGGUCCAGCCCCUGCGCAGAACAGUACCCUCUGCCUUGCAGUACCAAUUCCACCACACUAGCACCACCUACCACGACAUGCUGCCUGCCUUCAUGUGCCCCAAAGAGACUCGUGACGGCCCCGGCUCUUCUGAGCAUGGCCUUGCCACUGUGGUUGCCCCCCUGCGCUUCGAUGCUAGGCCCACCUUCAGACCAGCUUACCCUACUCCAGAGCCUGUCAACGGAGAUGUGCGAAGGGAGAACCGUUUUGCGCGUGCUCCCCCGCGUCCCUCUCCCCGCCCGCUGCGUCGCCCUGGAGACAGGGCACCCCGGCCUGCUAUCAUUAACCCGGAUGAUCUGAAGGACCUUGAUGACCUGGACAAUGACUGCGAGGACGGAUGGGCAGGUCUCCAUGAGGAGGUGGAUUACAGUGAAAAGCUCAAAUUCAGUGAUGACGAUGAGGAUCAUGCUCCCAGCGAGAAGAAUAAAAUUUGGGGAGAGUGGGAGUCCCACCGGGAACGUCAGUCAUCCGUGAGUUCAGGAGAGGGUCAUUACCCACAGGAGGCCGAAGAAGACUCCUUCCAGCACCAGUUCGAUGCCCCACCUUUCAGGAAGGCAAAUGGCAGAUAUGCCUCCACAGAUUCACAGCAUAAGCCUAGUGGGGCGAGUGAGUCUGCGGAGGAGCCUGAAGAGCUGCAGAGGCCCCCUGCUCCCCCUCGCGCGAAGUUUGUGUCGGGGGUCCUCUCUGAGGCUGUGGAGAGGGCACGGCGGCGGCGGGAGGAAGAGGAGCGGCGCGCCCGUGAAGAAAGGCUGGCUGCUUGUGCUGAGAAGUUGAAGAAGCUGGACGAGAAGUUUGGCUGGAGCGAGCGGCCGCCACGCACCGGGGACUCGCAGAGGGAAACGCACGCCGCCGAGGCCAAGGAGCCUGUGCCGUCCCCCGGCCGCGAGCCCACCAAGCCACAUCUGGAGGCCUGGCAGCAUGCCACUAAAGAAGUGUCAGAGCAUCCUUGUAGUCAGUCCCCUAGCCAGGAUUACAGAGAUGACGGCUUGGGUUACCGGAACGAGGACGAUGGCCCAGAACCCACCUCUCCGCUUCCUGACUACGGUCGGCACUACAAGGCCGUCCCGCCGCGCUUUCAGAAGCAGCACCAGCAGCAGGAGCAGGUGUACAAGAUGCAGCAAUGGCAGCAGUCAGGCCAUCCUCCGCAGGCAGGCUCGGGGCACCCACAGCGAGGGUACUAUCCCCCACACAUGCUGGGCUUUGACCCCCGCUGGAUGAUGAUGCCCCCCUACAUGGACCCCCGCAUGGCCCAGGGUCGCUCGCCUGUUGAUUACUAUCCUCCCAGUGUCCACUCCUCCGGAAUGAUGAAGUCAGUCAUCCAGCAGGAUCGCCUCAAUAGCCCUGGCUCAGCCUCUGAUGAAGGAAGCCAUCCCAGCAUGCACCAGGAGAGGCGAGCACCCUCCACCGAACCCUACCCAGUCUGGAGCCAAGAUGGCUACCCUCCUGCUCGCAGUUUUACUCCACCUUACCAGAGACAGCAUGAAAACACUGAUAGGACAGAUGACAGGAGUGACAGGUCAUGCUCUCAGCAGGACUCUUAUGAAGACAGAGGGACUGAGCGUGUGGACAGCCCAACCGAUGACCUCCCACACCAGGGCUACCGUCAGGGACGAGGCGCCGACAUGUCUCUGACUUCCCAGCGUGACGCAGGGCAUGAGGAGGCUCGACCACCGUCGGUGCAUGGCCGCCCGCACCACGGAGAUGGAGAAUACUCCAAACCUGACCAUCAGAAGGAGGCCUGCUCCACCAGGCACCAGAGGGAAAGUGCGGAUUCCCACGACGAUGCGUGUGAGGGUAAAGAGAAGGGCUAUGACUCGGACUUCUGGAGAAAAGAGGGCUCGCUGAAGAAAGACGGCUGCAUGCAGUCUCAGUGGGCCGAGCCAGGCUCCGGCUCCAGCUCCAGCAGUGCUGGCCCGCCAUCCGAGUCCAGCGGCAGGACCCUCAGGAGGACCGGUCCCAUCAAGAAGCCCGUGCUCAAGGCCCUGAAGGUCGAGGACAAGGAGAAUGAGAAGCCCAAAUCGGAGCCAGAAGAAAAGCCUGUUCCAUAUCGGCUGGAGAAGGAGGUCCUGACCAACGUGUAUGACCUGAAGAAGGACAGCCAGCCCCUGACCAGCAGGCACUCUGUUCCUCCUCCAGCCGCCUUUCACGAGGAGAAGCAGUUUGCUCCUCCCAAAGUAGAAAAGGCCAGCAAUCUAAGCGAGGAGUCCACCAAGGAGAACACCUGGGAUGGCGGCAAGUCCCAGCUUAAAGAGCCCUUAGACAGCCGAGAGCUACCAGUGCCACGCCGCAACAACUGGAUCUUCAUUGAUGAAGAGCAGGCAUUCGCCGGGGCCAGAGGGACAGGGCGGGGCCGUGGCAGGGGCUUCAGGGAGUUCAGCUCUCGGGGCGGCAGGGGGCGUGGGGAACGCUCAGACAACCCCAGGGGUGCAUACAACUCCAGCAACGGCCAGCGGGCAGGCCGGGGCAGGGCCCCACGGGACUUCGCCAAGGCCGAGGAGCUACAACGGGGUAAACCGCGGCGCCGCAAUGUAAGCGAGACCCUGAGCGAGGCAUCAGAGUACGAGGAGCUGCCCAAACGGCGUCGGCAGAAGGGCUCCGAGAACGGCGAGGCGCCAUAUUCAGGCUCAGGGGACAUGAAGAGGGUGGAGAGGGACUCGUGGAGGUCCAACAAGGUCUACAACAAUGAUCAGGGUGGAGGAGGAGAGGCGCGGGAGAAGCCCAAAACAACAAGAGGCUUCGGCCGGUCCCUCCCGCCGCGCCUCAAUGCCGGGUACAACCGCGGCUUUGGCACAAGGGAAAUCUCUACCUGGAGGGGACGAGGAACACAGUUUGGAGGUGUUGUCACGCAGGAGAAUGGAUACAACUUUGGGAGCGACUCGUAUUCGAGGAAGUCAGCCGAGGGUGAACCCCUAAAAUACCCACCAAAGUUCUCCGCGUCCUUUGUGGAGAAUGGUGUAGAGGACAGAGGGGAGGGGGACUACUACCUGGACAACGACAACCCUGACAACAGGCCCCUGAGGAGACGUCGCCCGCCACGCCAGGACAAGCCGCCGCGGUUCAGGAGGCUGCGUCAGGAACGGGAGACUGGGGCUCAGUGGAACAGCGAGGAGUACGUCAACGGGGACCUCGCUAACCCUUGGCCCAGUCGCUCGAAGGCCGACGAUCACUGGCCAGGCCAGUACUCUGGUGGCAGGCAGCAGGAGUUUGGACAUCAGGGUGAGGACUGGGAGACCGGUUCAGAGAACAGUGACUUUAACGAUUGGCGGGAGAAGCGGGGCGGUGCCCAGCAUGGCGAUGCACCCGCUGACCCCACCCACAGCGAGGCCGGCUCAGAGAAGAGAGAGCUCUCUAAAAGGAGCUUCUCCAGCCAGCGCCCUCUUGUGGACCGACAGAACCGCAAGAAUGACAUGGUCGUUUUGGAAAGCAGCAAGAUGAGUCGCUCUACGGACACCCCCUCUAGUGUUGGCUCGUCAAACCGCAAUGACGGCUGGCAGAAUGGGGUCUCACCCAACUGCAGAAGGAGUCCAGAUGAUGCAGCUCCAGGUUUGAGCACAGUGCCGGUGUACACGGUGGAGCAGACAGAGGAAGGCCUCACCACCAGCACCUCCGAUGCCGUCGCCAAGAAGAUGGAGAAGGAGCUGAAACCACGGGGCAUCAAAGGAGACAUGGCUGAGCCCCUCUCCCAAUACGACCUGAAUAGUUACCCGAUUGAAAGCGAUUCGGGAGCUUCCAUUCCAAGUCCGGAGGGAUUCCAGGAUGCCCUUUCAAAAAAACAGCGCCGCCCUCAGGAGGACGAGCGCAGGAGGAAGGAGCAGGGCCCGCCGGUAGCAGUAAAGAAUAGAUCAGUCACUUCAAAGAUGCCUCCCCGAUUUGCUAAGAAGCAGGGCAGCAUGUCCAUGGAACAGCCGGAAGAGCCCCUCUCAACCAGCAACUUGGGCACGGAGAUAUGGGAAACCAACAGCACAGCUCUUACAGUUCAGUCGUCUGGUGGUGACUCAUGGACGAAGCAGGUCUCGUACACUGGGAGCGAACCAAAUUCUGAGGACUCGGACGCGGGACCCGAACAGAGCAAAGAGCACAAGCCGGGUCCAAUCGGCAACGAACGCUCACUGAAGAACCGCAAGGGCUCAGAGGGCAUGGAGCGUCUGGAGGGGCCCAUCACCCCGGUCAACGGUGUGGACAGCGUCAUCCCUGUUCCCCCCAUCGAGUUUGGCGUCAGUGCGAAGGACUCGGACUUCAGCCUUCCGCCGGGGUCUGCCCCUGUGGCUGUGUCCAGCCCAGUCACCAAGCUGCAGGAUGCUCUCGUUGGCAACGCGGGCCUUGCUCAGGGCAUUCCUAUGCUGCGCAGAGAUCACCUGCAACCUGCCAUCAACCUCAACCCAAUAUCCUUCCCCACCACGGACCUCACUCUUAAGAUGGAGUCUGCCCGUAAAGCCUGGGAGAACUCGCAGUCGCUCCCCGAGCAGGGCUCCCCCGGCGGGGCCGGCUCAGGUACCCAGCCCCCCUGCAGCGCCGGCUCCUCCAGCGGCGUCAGCUACAGCUCCUUCGGAGGUGUCUCCAUGCCGCCCAUGCCCGUGGCCUCUGUUGCCCCCUCUGUGUCCAUGCAAGGUAAUCACAUCCCUCCUCUGUAUCUGGACGGCCAUGUUUUUCCUAGUCAGCCUCGACUGGUGCCGCCAACCAUGACCCAGCAACAGAGCUACCAGCAGGCAGCAGCCGCCCAGCAGAUUCCCAUCUCCCUGCACACAUCUUUGCAGGCGCAGGCCCAGCUUGGACUCAGGGGAGGCCUGCCUGUCUCUCAGUCCCAGGAUAUGUUCAACUCCAUCCCCCCUUUCAGGUCCCAGGUGUACAUGCAUCCCAACCUCUCUCAGCCGAGUCCCAUGGUGCUGUCGGGAGGGGCCCCUCUUAAAGGCCCGUACUCAACCUUCCCUGGCAUGCAGCCCUCUGACAUGGUGAAACCCCAGUCAGGCUCCCACUACCAGCCCAUCAACGGCAAUCAGCCCCUGGUUUACGACGGGCCCAUGAACCAGGCUCCUGGCAUGGGCACUUCCCAGCUCAUGGACUCCCAGCUUAUUCAGGUGCCCAUGCCACUGCCUGGCUCUCAGCUGCGUUAUGGCUCAGCCCAGCAGCACCUUAUCCUGCCCCAGUCCAUCCAGCUGCAGCAGGGGCAGAAUCUGUCUGUGAGCGCCCCACGGCGCAUCAUGCCCCCCGGCUCCCAGCCACCCAUCAUGCCUACUAACAGGGAGCCAUCCCAGAUGGAGAUGAAAGGAUUCCAGUUUUCCGACAAGGGCAACCACUCACCUGGAAUACCUGCUGGCUCCUACAGGCCUGGCUCGGCUAGCCCCAGUGGGAAGCCCUCUGGUCCCAGUGGUCCCCAGGCUGUGGGCCCCCUGCCUGGACAUUACCCUCAACAGGUGGCCCCUCCCCAGGGCAGCAUGGUGAUGCACAUCCGUGCCCCCACCGCGGGCCCCUUCCCCAGCCCCAUCCAGCGGCCCGUCGUGCAGGUAAACAAGGCCGUCAUCAUUCGUUCCCCCCCUUACCCCAGCCCGGGUCGCGAGCCACCCCACUCCACCCCACCUUCCAACCCUGAGGCGGCCACCAAGGGGCCUGAGGAGGGCACGAAGACCAAGGCCCUCCGUGAGUCCCGGCAGGCUGUGGGCGACCUGAAGGCCUCCUCAUCAGUGAUGCCCAGCAAGCUCCAGGAGCCCCUGGCCUCUGGCCAAGCCAAGCCAGGGCGCACCGGAGCCAUCAAGCCCCAGGCAGCCAAAGCAGAGGACAACAAGGUCUGAUGUGGAACCUCUGCCCGCCUCCAGUCUGCUGCAGUCACCUCAGCUCCACGCUGCUCAGAUUUCGUUGCCUUCAGGCAACCUUAGGACCUCUCUACCCUUUUUUUCCUGUUUGUUUGUUUUUGUUUUGUUUAUUUUUAUUUCCCUCCCCCCACGUCCAUCUUUCACUUCUCUCUAAGACAAGAAACUGAAACAGGAGCACCAAAAUCCAACACCUCACAUGUAUACAUACUCACACACCACAUACAUACAUGCGCGUGUGCGCACACACACACACACACAAAAAUAAAAUGUAUACUAUAUUAUAUAUAUAUAUACACACACAAUAGCUUGGGACUUUUCUAAGCAGACUCUUCAAAAUCAUCUUUAUUUAUUAACAUUUUUCAUUUAAAGAAAAGAAUAAUGUUAAGGCAAAUUUCAUGUUUUCUGCAUCAAAGUUUGAAAAAAGAAAACUGAAAAAUAAGGAAGCAUCACAACCUCCCUCAGCUUGUACAUCUUCCAAUCCAUUGCCAAACUGUUCCCAUCUGCUUGGACUGUAGUUUUGAGUGACGGUUGAGAAUCAAUGAACAUGUUGGAAGCUUACCUGUAAGCCUCUGUAAGAACUGCAGUGUAUGGAACCAUUUGUCAUUUUUACUGGGUACCAUGGAAUUUUAACUUUUUUUUUUUUUUUUUUUCCUCUCCUUUCUUUUUUAAUAAAUAUCUAUCAUAAUCAAUGCCUAUUUGCUCUAUUAUUAAAGGGCACCUUUUACUGAAUAAAACAAACUUCAAAACCCAGUUUAAGGACAUUGUUCUGUGAAUCCAAGGCAAGCUUGACCUGUAAAAUGCGAUCCCGGCGAACGAGAAACUGAACUUCAACAGCUUAUGAAAGACUGCUUAGUGAAGACCUAUAUUAUUUUUAAAAGCUGUUUUUUUUUUUCAUGUAUUAUGUAACUAAUCUUUGGGGGGAGGGGGUUGUUUUGGGGGUUUUUUUUGUUUGUUUUUUUGGUUGGGUUUUUUGCAGAUAUUUUGCUUCUUGAAGUCUCACCGGCAUUGGUGCGGUGUCAGUAUUCAAAGGAAUUGGUGUGUGCGUGCAUGUGUGCGUGCUUGUUUCUUAGCCUGGGCCAGUGGAGGGCAUGUAUUAUUUGAGGGAUGUGUGUUUUUGGAAAUAUUGGGUUGUGUGCAUUUGGUGAACCAAGGUGGAAUGUGUGAAAACUUGGAGCACUUGAUCAUUUAAAUGGCUUUUCUGUGUUAUCCCUAUCGCUGAUCUGACAUGUUCCUCCCCCCUGCCUCUCCUCUCUCUCUCUCUCAUUUUUAUUUUAUAUAUAUAUAUAUAUAUAUAUAUAUAUAUAUAUAUAAUAUAAAAAUGUGAGCUUGAUUUGGUUGUUUUCAGAAACAAAGACCUAAAUUUGCAUUAACUGAUUUGCUUAUUCAGCAAGUGUUUAGUUUAGUUUUUGUUUUCCCUCCCACUGCCUCUUUAAUCAGCUCACCUGAAACACUUGUGUGGAUGAUUGAGAUGUCCUAUCGUAAUGCUUGUGAUCGUGUUGGCUCAUUGGGGUUGGUGCUGAAAAGGUUUAUUUUGGGCACAAUGUCCUUGCUGUCAUGUACAGUACCAAGGGAUGGUUCCAGCAGUACAGUGUGGUCUAAUUGUUGUGAGGGUCCAAGGGUGUGGCAUCAUGGAGGGGGUGACUGAUUUGUCUGGUGUGUAGUCAUGUAAUUUUGGUUAAGACUACAGCGCCUCAGUGAAGACGUGCACGUUUUUGAUGUAUGAAUCUGAGCACAUCAGCUGCACUUCUCAUUUCAAAGGGGUGGGGCAAGUAAAUAGUAUGUUCAUGGUUAUCAAUGGUGAACCAAACGAGAAUUUACAGGUAUUGAUCAUACAGAUGUGCAUCACUAUAGCCAUUCAUACUUGUGUUUGCAGAAUGACAUGAAAAGCUUGAAGACGCAUUUAAUAAUGUUUGUUAAUAUCUGAGGAAAAUGCUUAGCUUAAGGGACACCACCUCUUUCACAAAUUGGGACUGUCACUUGGUUUGGUUUGCAGGAUAUUUUCUGCCCCAGUUCCCCCUCAUGGUGUGUGUGUGUGUGUGUGUGUGGGUUGUUUUUGUUUUUUUUUAUCUCCCUCCCUCCCUCCCUCCCUUCGGUAGGUGUACAUUGACACUGCUUGAACACUUGAACUUCAAUGGUAAUAUCGUUCUUUGAUCACAAAGUAAUAACUGUACAGGCACACAUUAUUGCCCUUUUCUUUGUAGACUUGUAUUUAAAGGGGUGACAAUGGGUAUUUUCCUGUUGAAGUUCUACAUAUUUAAGUUUGUGUAAGCGACAGUGCUCGCUGCUGCCCUUUCAGUCUGUCUAUCCCUCCAUGUUGUUUAUCCUUUCAGAGAUGUGAUCAUAAUUGCUCUUUUUCUUGUUACAUGAUCUCGUUGAGAGGAAAAAAUAAAGCAGACUGCUUUUUCCAAAAA